GGCUCCACUGUUUAAAAUUGAUUUCUCCUGAAAUGAAUUGGGACAGUGAGCUAAAUUCUGUACUGUCUGCUGCAGAUAGCAGUGUGGCCAAAAUUAGGAGACAACUGGCUACGCCAGGGAAAUAUCCAAAAGAUAUUAUUCCGGAGAGAGACGUGUCUCGUAUGACAGAUUUCCAGCCUCCCCCUCCAUCCUGGCCCUUGCCCUCCCCCGCGCUCCAUCCAGCUCCACAGUGGGGGGACCUGGCACCGAUCCAGGCGCAGCUCCACAGCCAAAACCAGGCUAUCGAGUCCCUUGCCAAGGCGCUGCGCUCCAUGGAGAGCGAGCGGCACACAAUGCAGCUCCACCUACAGGCUGUACAGGAGGAACUGCGGCGGUUGCGGGACCGUGGGGAGGACAGGGAGCAGGAAAGGGCAGGAGGGAGAGCCGAUGUGAGUCCAGGAGUGGAGCGCAGGGUGGAGGUCUGGAAGAGGGAUGUGGGCAGAGAGCUGAGCAGUCUGAGAGGCCACAUUGACCGAGCCAUAUCUCUCAGCCACCAGGAGGACAGUUUCAGUAGCAAACUGCAGAGAGAGGAAAUUGAGCAACUGAGGAGAGAGGUGGAUCAGCUCAAACAACAACUCAGGAAGCAGGAGGAAGACAUGUUCCACCAGCAGUCAGAGACCAGGGAGGGGAGGAGGCAGUGUGAACGCAGCUGCAAGACCCUGGAGAGUCUGACUGACUGCUACAGGACACACAGUUUAGACGUCACCAGAACCAUCUCCCAGCACCAGAGCACACAGGAAGACAUACGUCAGCUCAGGCUGAGUGUGUCAGAGCUCAAGGGCGAGGUGAGGGGGUUGAUUCUCAGGGACAGACACUCCACACCUGUGACGACGACACAAGAAGCAGCUGCAAGCCGAGGCCACGGGCGCCACGGGGAGACGUCUGGCUCCGACUCGGAGGAUUCCAGCCCCACCCCCAGCCUGGGGGAGGUCAGCUCAGAUGACCUGUCCUGGGCGAGCGUGAGAGAGCCAGGUCCACGAGGCAAACGAGGGGCCUGUAGUCCCCAGCUGAAUGAAGGUGACAGCGGUGAAGCAGGCCAUGGACUGGAGGAUGACGAGGAUGAGGACAGUGUAGAUCUAGAGGGGGACCUGGAAGCUCUGUCAGACAGCCCUGCAGAACUCAGUCUCACCGACCUCUGACCUUCACAAGUCAAGCAGCAAACCUUCCCUGUGUCAUCCCCCCUUGCCAGAUACAGAGGAAUUUAGGUUACUGUUGAUCAUCUCAACUGAAUCUGCCUACAAGCAGGGUUCUUAGAAUAACUUGGUAUUGAGUAAGCUCAUGGGAUAAUCUAACCCAUUUUUUUGACUCAGGUGCUAUAGUGCAAGUAUUUUGGAUCAGGACGGAAACAGCAUGUAAUACAGUAUUAUCUCUAGGUGUACGUCACAUCAUGUUCUGUUAAGAAUAUCAAUAUAGCAGUUUUCUUACAGAGAACAUGAAAACCUGAAUAGAAUCCAUUUGUGGAGUGCAGCAGUGACACUAAGCCGGAAAUCAUUUGGAUUACAAACCCUAACACAUACUUUCCAUUGAGCCAACUUGCAUACCACUUUUAACUUGCUGCCACUGUAUUGGUUUAUAGGUCCCUUCACACCAUAUUUGGACAUCAUUUCGUGCCAAAUAUAACUGGGAUAAAGAGAAAAAAAGUUAUUUCUGUUUAUCAUGUGCUUAAAAUUGUUUAUGUGGAAAUGCACUCAUGUUUCCCAGCCAAAACUGCUCUGUGUUGUGUACGCUCGCAUAUACGAAUAUGGAUCGCUUUACAUGUUUUUGCAGAUAACGUGUUGCAUCAAAAGCGACACUGAGGGAUUAUGUGCUCUAGUAUUCCUCUAGGGUGGUUGCCGUUGGAAAGGAGGAUCUUGCACAAAAUGCAGAAGAUGUAAAAACAAUGCGUGGCAAUACCUGGGGUAAUUCUGGCCUUCUGGUCCCUGUGGUACCUGAAUGUAACUGCUGGAGUCCUUAUUCCCCCGAGACUGAGCGCGGAUUGGAAAUGGCACCCUUGAUACAUUCAGAGUACAAACGAGCAGUGUUCCUACAUGUCGGCUUACAUUGUUGUUACCCCAAGGCUGUUAAAUAUUUCAGGAGCUCCGGCUGCUCUGAUUAUUCACCCUUAUUAGCGUCGGAGAGAAGCGCCUCAGAUCUGCAGCCAGACACCCCCUAUGGAGGGAACAGUCCCACUGAGGGACAGACGCACUGCCAUACUGCAGUGGGACUGCUACUGUGUGGAUGUCACAGGUAGCUAUUCUUCAGAAAGACUGGCGUCACUGAAGAUUGUGCUUUGAUUCGAUUGAUUUAAAAAAUACUACCGCUUUUAUUUUGGUCGUAAGGCUUGGAAACCAUGCGUGGUGUGUCUAUUACAUUAUUUAGCAGACGCUCUUAUCCAGAGCGACCUACAACGAAGAGUCCAUGCAAUAAAGCCUACCAUUGAAUUUGA